GGGGUGGGAUUUGGGGGGAGCGUGCGCCCCCCCCCCAAAUUUGGCUGCCCCAGGGGGGGACGUGGCGGUGCCAGCGGGGAUGGGAGCCAAGCUUUGAGACCUGGGGGUGGCACCGGGUGGCCCCAUACGUUUUGGGGGGGGGAAGCACCCACCCCAAAGCAGGGUUUGGGUCAAGAACGAGGGCGUUUGGUUCUUGUUGAGGGUUUAGAGUUUGGGUUUUUUUUGGGGUAUCUCCACGGGGGCACCGCCAGGCUGGGGAAUUCGCCCCCCCCCCCUGUUUUGGGGUGGAGAAGGGGUUAAGCGAAGGCAUCCAGGCUAAGCCUUGGCAGGAGGAGACCAAAAGCUCCCGGGCAGAGCUUGUAGGGGAGAACAAAGCCCCAAAAAUCCAUAAAACCCCAUAAAACCCCCAGGAAUGUGGGUGCCGGGGCGGGGGCACCAGCCCCCGGUGGGGACGGGGACCCCGCGUGGCUCCGAGGCUCCCCCCGAGCUCGUCCUCGGCCCCGUGGCAGCCCCGUGCCUGGCAGCCCCGUCCCGAUCCUACUAUUUUCGGAAACAAUUGUGGGGCCAGGCUGCAGCAACGCCUCGGGCCUGGGUUUUUUUGGAGGACACCGAGCCCCCGGCAGCGUGGCUGGGGGCGCUGGGUGCAGAACCCCCCCCCUGGGGUGGGUUCCUUUCCCCUGUCCUCUGCCAGAAUGGGGUCAAAGUUUUAAGUUGUGGGGAGGGAAAACCCUACACAACCUCACCCUACAGCCCAGUGGUGUUUAUCGCCCUGCUGCUGCUUGCAAAAAACCCCAAAAGGGGUCCGGGACCCCGGUGGGCGCACGGGGGUGGCGGAUGCUGAAUCCCAGGCUUGGCACGGGGAGGGCAGAGCUGUUUUAUUUUUUAAUUUUGGGGCGCUUUCAUGAAUCCUAAACCCGCCGUCCAGCUUCCAGAAGGGUUUUUUUCCAAGAAUGGGGCCGUGCCUGGCCCCAUGCACCCAGAGGGCGAACCCCGGGCUCCUUUUAUUGAUCCUCGGCGCGGAUGAAAGGGAGCAGCGAGGGCACGGGGCUGAGUCCCCGCAGAUACCCGAAAGGGCUCCCGCAGUUUGGGCUCGGAAGGAGCAGGGUUCGGCGUAAUUAACAGGGUUAAAGUAUAACCUUAAUAGGUUCGCCACCCCUGACCCCGCACCUCCCAGACCCUUUUUGGGUUGGCCGCCGCUUUCCUCGCCCAGCCUGGGGCUGUGGGAUCCGGGAGGAGCUGGCGGAGGGCGUUUGGCACCGGGGGAUUUGGGGAUUUGCUGCGUGCUGAGCGCACUCUGUGUAGGACCAGGUCCUUUCUGACCCUUUUUCUUCUCUCCCUGUAGGGCCCCCAAAGUGCUGCGGAGCUGGGGAGCCCCCGGGAGCCGUGUCCCAGCCCUCGGCACACGUGCCCCCCGGCACCAUGAGCUGCCCCUCAACCCUACGGGGCUGCUGCCUGCUGGCUCUGCUCUGCCUCCUCCCACCCCCUCGGGCGCUCGCUGGCGGCGAUGCCGCGGCCCCCCCGGCGCUUUCGGCCGCCUCCUUCCUUCAGGACCUCCUGCGGCGCUACGGCGAGGGCGAAACCCUGAGCCUGAAGCAGCUCAAAGCCCUCCUCAACCGCCUGGACGUGGGAGUGGGGCACGCCAACGCCUCCCACCCCCCCCAGCAGCGCGCCAACCUCUCCAGGUGCUUCAGCUCCUCGGAGCUUUUCGCCAUCCACAACCUGAGCGAGGGCUCGGCCGUGGGGCGCAGCGAGCUGCGGGAGUUCUGCCCCGCCGUCCUGCAGCAGCUGGAGUCGGGGGCGUGCGCCGCGGAGAACCUGGAGAACGAGGAGAACGAGCAGACGGAGGAGAGCAGGCCCAGCUCGGCCGAAGUCUGGGGUUACGGUUUCCUCUGCGUCACCGUCAUCUCCCUCUGCUCGCUGGUGGGAGCCAGCGUGGUGCCCUUCAUGAAGAAGACCUUUUACAAGCGGCUGCUCCUCUACUUCAUAGCUCUGGCGAUUGGAACUCUCUACUCCAACGCCCUCUUCCAGCUCAUUCCCGAGGCUUUUGGCUUCAACCCCCAAGAAGAUUACUACGUCUCCAAAUCCGCCGUGGUUUUCGGGGGCUUCUACCUCUUCUUCUUCACCGAGAAGAUCCUGAAGAUGCUCCUGAAACAAAAGGACCAGCACCACCAUGGGCACAGCCACUACAGCCCCGAGGCGCUGCCCUCCAAAAAGGACCAGGAGGAGGGGGUGACGGAGAAGCUGCAGAACGGGGACCUGGACCAUAUGAUCCCCCACAUGGGCAGCGAGCUGGACUGCAAGAGCCCCCCCGGGGAUGAAAAAGUCGUCGUGGGCUCCCUGUCCGUCCAGGACCUGCAGGCGUCCCAAAGCGCGUGCUACUGGCUGAAGGAGGUGAGGUACUCGGACAUCGGCACGCUGGCGUGGAUGAUCACCCUGAGUGACGGGCUCCACAAUUUCAUCGACGGGCUGGCCAUCGGCGCCUCCUUCACCGUCUCCGUCUUCCAAGGGAUCAGCACCUCCGUGGCCAUCCUCUGCGAGGAGUUCCCCCAUGAGUUGGGGGAUUUUGUCAUCCUGCUGAACGCGGGGAUGACGAUCCGCCAGGCUCUCUUCUUCAAUUUCAUCUCGGCCUGCUGCUGCUACGUGGGCUUGGCUUUCGGCAUCGUGGCCGGCAGCCACUUCUCUGCCAACUGGAUCUUCGCUCUGGCCGGGGGGAUGUUCCUCUACAUCGCGCUGGCUGACAUGUUCCCCGAAAUGAACGAGGUGAGCCGGGAGGACGAGCAGAACGGCAGCACCCUGAUCGCCUUCGCCAUCCAGAACGCGGGGCUGCUGACGGGCUUCACCAUCAUGGUGCUGCUCACCAUGUACUCCGGCCAGAUCCAGAUCGGGUAGGACCAGCCCAUCCGGAGCCCUGUGCCAGUUUUCCCCCUUUUUUUUUUUUAUUUUUUAUUUUUUUUUGGGGGGGUGGGAAGGUUUUUUUUUUUUUUUUUCUUUUCCUGCUGCAAGCAUCCGACUACCAGUGCGGGCACGAAGCACUACAGCAGAGGCAUUGCUUCCAAAGCUAUUCCACAAACUUCAUCUUAUUUCGACUCGAGGCGGAGCGGGGCCACGUCCCCCCCUCGCCGUAGGACCGAACUUGACCAGAGGAUCUCCUUCCCUCCUCUCCUCACAUCUCCUGGGAAGGACGGAUUUGGGGACAGGAGCUCCUCCAGCUGUGCUGCUCCCCUCCUUGUUUUUGGAGAGGCGGGAUGGGACAAAAUGCUCUCCCGAGCCUUUUUGGCAAGGGGGUGUGAUGGGGAUGCGGGGACGGGGCUAGCGCUGGACGCCAGCCGCCUCCUGCUCACCUACAAGGGAUGGAUGCGUGGGGGCCACAAACCCCACCGUGCGUGGAAGGGGAACGCCCGGGGAGCUUCUGCUUUUUGGGGAGCACAAAGAGACCACGACGAAGCUGGCUGCGUCUCGGGGAGCUGCUGGAGCUCACGGUUUGAGCAGCGUCCUCGCCCUCUUCAGAAGCACAUCUUUGGGGCCAUUCCUGCUCCUCGUGUGAUGGAUGAGGAGGAUGGAGAGGUUUUAAGAGGACACCAAAGCUCACCCCGUGUGCGUCGGGCUCACAGGGCACGGGCUGCGUCGGGGGAAGGCUGGCAGGACGCCGUCGCCUCUUUGAGGCUCCCUGCUGCUGUAAGGAAAAACAAAAAUCCAUUUUGAGGGCUGCAGCGCUGGCAAGAAGGGCACAAGAGCAGGGACGGCAGAGCCCUUAGCCCGGCCACAAGCUGCCCAGCCAGGGAAGAAGAAAUCCUUGCACUGUGACCAAGCUCACGCAGACCCCCGGACACGGACACCCGUUUUUAAACGCUGCUGCUGCCGAGGUGCAGAGGUUCAGGGUGGGGAGGGGGGGGGGUGUUGUUUGUUUUUUUUUUUUAAAAAAAAAAAAGAAAAAUAAGAAAAAAGAGACUGUGAACCUCUUUAGGUUGUGUGUUUCCAGCCUUUGGGAGUAGCCAGAGAAGGGUGUCGCAGGCACUUCCCAGCUCGGCUUCUGGGCUGGCUUUCCCCAGAUUCACUAGGUGAAUUGAUUUAUUAUCAUAUUGAUAACGUUGCCCACCCCGCCUGUGUCCCUUGAGGUUCCCCGCACCCCUUUUUCCCCUCUGCUUCCCCCAAAACUCAUCCCGCACCCGGCAGCCUUGAGUUCGUGGCCACCGGGGAGCCGAUGUGGGCGCCUUACCCUCGUGGGUUUGGCAUCGGACAGGGGGGGCCAAAGUGGUGCUGGUGGCUCUUUGGGGCACACAUCCUCGCCUUCCCUUCCACCCCAGGUGGCAGAUAAAAUGUGGGGUGCCACAUGGGUGGUGAUGAUGGGGUGCCAUCCUCGAGGUGGUGUGGGUGCUGUGAGACACCGGGAUCACCAGGAUUUGUCCCGUGUGGCAGCUUCCCAGGAUGAAUUCUGGGCUGCGGUUCAGAAAUCGAGCUCCGAUAUUGAUAUGGGAAGGGAAGGCUUCUGCCUUUUGGUGCUGAGAGAGCUGCGGCCUCAUCUGACGGGCGAUGUGGAAGAAUUGGAUUUUGGGGACGGUGUCCCAUUUGGGGAAGGCCGUGUGUGUGGGGCUGGCGGCUUUCCACGGGGCACAGGGCAGCGCGAGCACUGCCAGGGCCGAGUUCUUUUUGGCAGGAGGUUUUUGGCAAUGUGCACGGAUGGGAAAGCUUUUGGGCUGGGGGCGAGGGGGGAACAUCCUUUGGCUGUCCCUUGAAAUUCCGCAAGAAAUGUGCAAUGCAGAGAGCUGGGGGGAAACCCGCAAAAAGGGUCCUCAAAAAGGGUUCCUGUGGGGUUUAUAGGGCAGGAGACCUCUCACCAAAGGUGGGAGAGGGCUCCGGCUUCAGGCAGGUUGGCACCAGGUCAGGGAUGGGAGAUUGAGGAGGGAAAGUGACCGAAAUCGAGCUUUUAUGUGUUUUUUUUGUUUGUUUUAUUUUUAAUCUGUCUUUCCCUUUCCGUGUCCGUUUAGAAGCUCACGUUCCAUCUCAGUAUUUUUUAAUAACUCAGGUGUCGUCAGAAAUACUUGUCGAAACAACGAGCGUAACUUAUGUCACGUGGAUUGUAAACUUAUUUGUAAAAUGCCAUAAAUAAAAUAUAUUCUGUAAUGACGGAGGAC